GCACUGGUGUAUAUACAGUGUAUUGCAUUGAAUAGUGUGGUGUUUUGAGAGAACUGAUUUCUGUAUGUUAUAUCAAACAACUGGGCGGUAGUGGUUCCUCUUGUAGUUAUGAGAGCACUGAUGAUAUAGGUAUGCUAAAACGUAUGCUAUUUGAGUCAGAUAACCCUCCCACAACUCUAAUCUUAACCACAGUGCAACAAUGCAGAGCUCGGGAGGUCUGCAGCUGGACUCUAUUGGUGCCCAUUGGAGUCAACUCCACAUCCUGUAGCACCUGGGUGGAAGCUCCAAGCUUUAAAGAAUUGCAACCCAAACACUCCAAGCAAAUGGAGAAACUGCUUAAUGCUAUUCUUUAUUUUCUGCUACUCAUGGCUGUUGACUGCUGGCCUUUUGAUGAAGACCCUGUUACUGUUCCUAAUGCUCCAGUAACAGCACGGGUAGGUGAAUCUGUCAUUCUUCCUUGUCAUCUGUCGGCUGAAAUCAGUUCUGUUGAGAAGGAGGUCAGAUGGUACAGAGUCAGAAAUAACAAAGUCUCCAUUGUACUGAACUAUGCAACCAAGAAAAGCAUACCGGAGAUGCAAAGUGAAGAAUACAGUGAUCGAGUUAGUUUUUUCAUCCAAGAGAUAGACAAAGGCAAGGCAUCUCUGCAAAUGAAGAAUACUGCAUUUUCUGAUAAAGGAGAGUAUAAAUGCUGCGUCAUAUCAGAUAACGUUCAUUGUAAAAUUGUAAAGCUUCUUGUACCAGCUCAUGGCAGAAAACCUAUCAUCACUGUUCAUAAACAGCCUGGUGGGGAGAUUAGACUGAAGUGCGAAUCUAAAGGCUGGUACCCUAAACCGGAGCUUCAUUGGAAUUAUGGUGAUGGUUCUGUCGUACCAGUCCACCCAGAUUUCUCUGAAAAAGUGGAAGAGGAUGGGAGGAUCACUGUAACAAGUCAUCUUUCUGUACAAGAUUCAUAUGAAGAAGAUUUUUUGUGCAUUGUACAACUUAGUGAUAGUAAAGAAAAGUUUGUCUCCACGUUUCAUGUCUCAGUGAAAUUGAAAACAUCUGAAAGCAUGUGUCUUUCCGAGAUAAACAAAAAUGUCAUACUACCUUGCCAUCUCGAUCCUGCAGUACGUGUUUUAGAUUCAGAGGUGAAAUGGGAAAAAAGAGGACUUACUUCUCCAGUGUUUCUAUAUACAAAUAGAAGAGUGGCACUAGAGGAGCAUCACGAACAGUACAAGGAGAGAACUCAACUGAAUUCUCAGGAUAAAAGGACAGGAGAUCUAUCUCUUUUAUUGAAAAAUGUCAAAGUCACUGAUGAAGGCAGAUACAUCUGCUCUGUGAAAGCACAUGGCAGAGAGAUACAAGCAAGCCUAGACCUUAGUGUCACAGCUCAAGGCGGCAAACCUGUAAUCACUAAAGAUGAAGAGCCUGGGAAAUGUUAAAUUGAAGUGCAUAUCAAGAGGCUGGUAUCCCAAACCACAGCUGAAGUGGACACAUGAGGAUGGCUCUGCAGUAACAGAGUAUUCAGAGCUCU